AUGCGCGUCCGACCUCAGAGAUCCCUUCUUCUUUUCUUUUUCGUUCUUUUGCCAAUUUCGGCCCAGGUACCGUUUUUUUCUUUGUUCCCUAAAAAAUUUUGCUUUCAGCAAGGAACGCUCUACCGCCAGAUGAUGGCCUACAGACCGAUGUGUAACGAUUUUUCUUUUUUUGAAUGACUUUGGUCAUCGUAAUCGUGAUUCAAUUAAAAAUAAACCCCCGAUACUUAAGAAUCAGCAAAAGUUUUUGAACCGAACUACGAUCCAAUUCAAAACCAUUCGUUCAAAAAAAAACCUGUCUGCUGAGAUCCUUAACUGAAGGUUUGAACUCUAUAAACCCCAGUUCAGUCUAUUUAGAUAGAAAACCAUUGGACGAUCAGUCUUCUGUUCCAGAUCUAUAUGAGUUUUCUUAUGUCAAAAAAGUUGAUGUAGCAGAAAAUUGACUUCUUACUUGCAGAAAGUUCUAGGAAUUCAAAAUAAAGAUCGAUUUCCUUUCAUGCUGAAAAUUUACUAUCCAUACAUUCCAUGAAUUUUUUCACGUGCGUACUUCAGUUUUGGGCUUGCUUUUGUUUUUUCGAGAACAAACCUAUAUUAAGCUUAAAGUACAACUAUAAAACGUUCUUUUCUCAAACUUCUCUCCCAGCCGAAAUUGUUUCUUUAUGAAUCGAAUAAAGAAACGAUACCUUUUGGUUUUUAGUGAAAUUGUAACGUCGCAAAAAAAAAUUUUGCAAUAGGGAAGCUUAUCAUGUGAGGCUUUGAAUUUCUAAAACCGGGAAGAUCGGUUUUUUUUUUCACCGGUUCAAAGUCAGAGUGCUCCAAAUCAAGUUAUUUUCUUUGUAAGAAAAAUCGAACUAUCGAGAAAAUAAUAACGGGUCCUUUGACUAAUUCUAAGCCUACGAAAUUCGUUACCUCAAUUCAUAUUUCGACCUGAUUUUGAAGAACAUAUUUUAGACUGCAAUGAUAAUAACCAGUACAUGCCGCGGAUGUACUUCUGCCCUUCUCCAAAACAAGAAGAUUUGACCCAUUGGCCUUGCAUCAAGUAUGAUCCUUCUCUCAAGACUCGGUGACUUGAAGAAUUGAGGUACUCGGAUUUGUGCGACGGAAAAGCGGAUUGUCCGAAUGGGGAGGACGAAUAUCCAGCCAUGUGCAUGUUCCACAGCCUUGUAUGUUACUUUUUCUCACAAAAAAAAAGACAUUUCGUAGUCGUUAUUAUCUAAAGUAGAAAGGACUAUUUUUGUGCAUAAAAACCCUUUUUCGAUAUUGGUUCAAGCUAGCAAUUAUUGAAGCGUACGUUGUAGAUAUUUUGUGACCAAAAUUUUUUCUAAAUAGGCUAUUCUCUAUUCAUCAUCACUUCCUUUUUCAGAGGCGAGGAGAGAUAACCGAGCUACGAAGAAAGAUUUCAACACUCCUCCUUUGA